AUGGCUGGGGUAACUUUCUUUGAUGGUAUGAAUGCGGAGCGGGUCGAUACCUCAACUACGCAAUACUGUGAAAAUUGUAUGCAAGCCAUGUUGCUGGAGGCUCAGAGAGAGGCAAGAUGUUGCGGUUGGUAUUUGAUUUUUCAGAAACUUUGUGAAGGGUUGUUAGUUAAGAAAAUAUUAGCCAACUCUGCCUUCGCUAUAUGGCAUGGAAAGUGUCCGAACAACCCAGAAGCAAAUUUCUAUCGGCAAGUAUGGGUCGUCAAUCUGAGCAUGAAGAAAGUCUUGGGGUAUGGGAGUGACAUUAACACGGUUCAUAUUGCUUUCAUGAAUGAAGUGAUUGAAAAUGUCAUCAUGUCAGAAAUAGUGGGUGUGGAGGUUGCACGUCAGCAGGCCAACGCUAAAGGAUUUUGUUGGCCUGAUGAAAUCUCUGCUGGACUGGUCUCUUCAAAUCCUCUUCCCCCCAAAAUCAAGAUGAGCAAGAUUGGUGAGGUUGAUGAUGAGCAAAAUCAGGAGCUCACAAUUCUUACGUCGUCUGCCGCAGCACCUCUACGUACAGCUAGAAUCCAGCAAGCUCAAGUCCUUCCUGAGUAUCCGCAAACACUACCUAGAGGGUAUACAUAUUGUGUUAGUACAGAUAAGAGGGAUAUUCAGGAGGUGCUUCAAGAAGCAUUAGCAUUUCAAUACUGCCGCAAGAAUAAAGCGAAGAAGAAAGGCACUACUUGCCUCUACCUGGGCGGCCAGGCUUUGCGGUGGAAAUACCAAUGCACUGGGGCAAAGUAUUGUCAAUACCUUGAAAACAGCUUACGAACACGUUCACAUUCUUCGUCAAUAUCGACGAACUCCUCUUAG